GAAUAAUUGAUAUUUAUAUUAUUUAGUUAAUUAGAUAGUUAAAUUAUUUUAAUGUACUUUUUAUUGUUGAGUGGAAUUAUAACACUCCUUCGAAAGUUUCUUUUCGGUUCUUUACCUCGAUGCUUUUAUUGAACCGAUAGGCUUAGGAACUAAGUAUUUGCUAAGAUUAGAUUCCUUCUCAAACCAAACGGAAAACUCUAGUCAACACAAGAUCAAAGUAACAAUGGAAGAAUCCAUCCAGAAGAUUUUUGAACAGCAUCAAGAAGGGAUGAACCGGCAACUGCUAGAACAUCAAAGGUCAAUGGAUGAGCAAUUUCGAUCAUUCACAUCAUUAUUACACAAGCUUCAAUAAUCAAAUGUCAGCACCAAAACAGCAGCAGGAAGCUCGCCUAUGCACACCGAAGGUAGACAUCCAUUUUCCUUUAACCCUAGAAUUGAAUUGUCUUUGUUUAUGGGGGGUAAUCCAAGAGAAUGGAUCAAACAAUGUGGAAAAUGCUUCUCCCUGUUUAAAAUUCCUGAUAAUCAAAAGGUGACUUUAGCUUCAAUUCAUUUGGAGGGGAGGGCUAAGAUAUGGUUUGAAGGUUAUGGGCGAGCUAGGCCUAUUGUGGAUUGGGAGGAUUUUAUUGUGAAUUUGUAUGCAAGAUUUAAAGAUGAUAAACAUGUAUGUUCGAGAUUCAGUAAUGAUGCCGGUCACAAAUCUUUGUUGAACCAUCCAGCAUCCACAACUAGCCCUUUGAUCACUCAUGAACCUUUUGGAAGCUGGUCUAAUAUACACCUGGAUGGUCUGGAAACUUAUCAAGGGCACACCAGCAUGGUGAAAUCUUUUAGUGUUAAUAAUGUCUCUCUUGUUGAGUCCUCAGCCGAUAACCCUGUGCAAAAGGACUCAUCAUAUUUGAAGUUGGAGUUUCAGAUGUGGCUAAGAGAGACAAGAGAAAUUGUUAAGGCAAAUGCUUCUGAGGAACAUAAAUCAAUGGCUAAGCUUGAAUCUGUGGCCAGGACCAAUAGUGUUGAGAGCUCUCAAUACUCUAACAGCAAGGUCCAGUUUCCACCACAAGGAAACCCAAGGUCUAUAUCUUUUGCUAUAGGAGGGGAAAUAAUGGCAAAUGGAUUGGACUAUUACUUUGGUAAUUCAUUUGAAUGGGGACAUAAGUGUGAGAGAAAGGGGAUUCAGCCCUUUCUGGUGGAGCUUUUAGGAAAAAAAAUGGUUGAUCAAUUUGAGAUACCUGGUUGGGCAGCAAGGGCUGGCAGUUCAACAUCCAUUUCAAUUCACACUUUACCUGGGAACAGUGGUUGCCAAAUUAUGAGGAUGACAGGAUUUGUAGGGAAAAGGGCUUUAGAAUUUUUGAUAGAUUUAGGAGAGAGCGUUGUGCCGUACGCCGAGCGCCCAUGGUUCAUCACCAAGUCCGAUAUGAAGGGGAGGAGGAGGAGCAUGACACGCCCAAUUGCUUCAAGGUCGUCAACCGGUUGUUUGUGAAGAAGAGAAAUUGCAUGCAAGGAGAAUUGUUAACUCAAUUUCAGGGAUUGAAGGAUUCGGUCAAUUUUUUGACCCAAAGCCUGUAUUUGUCUCAAGUUCGACCGUUGAUGAAUUCGAAGUCCGAGCCCGCUCAUUAAUCAACAUCUUACCUUCGCCUUUUAUUAUUAUGCCUCCCAACUCUCAUGCCUUAUGCCUUUAUUUCAAUCAACUCCUAUCCCUGCCCAAAAUUUAUCUGAAGGACAUAAUUCUAAUAACUGUGAUGUUAAAAG